GUUGGUCGCGACAAUUACACUUCCUGGUUCGAUCCCCUUAGAUUAUUAGUGGCGUUGCCGCCUCUACAAAUACUAUAGAGAAAUCGAUAUUAUAGUCAACUGUUAACAUUUACAAAAUUGCACCCGUCGAGUAUAAACCACAAAUUAUGUGGAUAAUGAGCGAUGACCUCAAACUACUAUUUUUAUUAGUAAUCUAGUCUUACAGUAGUAGAGGAUGUGACUGUCGACUGUUCAACGAAGUUGAGUCUUGACUAUGAAAAGCUUUGUGCGUCUGCUAUGCUUUUACUUGUUUUAAAUAGCUUUUGCGCCAUGGACACCGAGGGAAUUGUGAUCCGAAUUAAAACACCCGCCGGGGACAUGGAUUCGUCUGUAGACUCUCCGUCACUGCUGGGCUUUAAUGACUUGUUGGUCGCAAUUAAGGAGGUUAUGCCUGAAGCGACUAUCACGGCAUUUGAGUGUGUCGCACGUGACUCAGCCGCUCCAGAGUGGAACUGUCAUGCUAGUUUUGAUCCGGGCUGCAAAAAUGAUCCGGAUGAGGAUGAGGUAGGUGACAGAAUCACGGUGAGGAGUGACGAAGAGCUGAAAGCCAUGCUGUCAUAUUACUACAGCACAGUGAUGGAGCAACGCAUGAACGGGCAUCUGCCUGAGCCACUCCACAUCUUCCCCAGAGCCGGCAAGACCCCAGGGAUCCGGAACAUUCACGGCCUGAAGGUCAACACACGUUCUGGCCUCACCCAAAACUGCGCUCCUGCACCUCCUGAUAUUCUGCCAAACAACAGUUUAACAAAGUCAUCAGCUGAGCUGAAGAAGAUCCUGACAAAUGGACAGAUAAAUGAGCAGGACAUCAGAAUCCAGGGGCUGCUGGGACAUGGCAAUGGAGGAACUGUAUACAAAGCUUACCAUCACCUGGGAAAGCGGGUUCUAGCAGUCAAGGUCAUCCCCCUGGACAUUACAGUGGAGCUGCAGAAACAGAUCAUGUCUGAACUGGAGAUCCUCUACAAAUGUGACUCUCCGUACAUCAUCACCUUUUACAGUGCCUUCUUUGUAGAGAACCGGAUAUCCAUCUGCACAGAGUUUAUGGAUGGGGGCUCUCUGGAUGUUUAUCGGAAGAUUCCAGAGCAUGUUCUGGGCAGGAUUGCUGUGCCAGUAGUAAAAGGCCUGACCUAUCUGUGGAGCCUGAAGAUUUUGCACAGAGAUGUUAAGCCCUCUAACAUGCUGGUGAAUACACGAGGGGAGGUCAAACUCUGCGACUUUGGAGUCAGCACUCAAUUGGUGAACUCCAUUGCGAAGACAUAUGUGGGCACAAAUGCAUACAUGGCGCCUGAGAGGAUAUCAGGGGAACAGUAUGGAAUCCACUCAGACGUAUGGAGCGUUGGGAUCUCAUUCAUGGAGCUAGCACUGGGAAACUUCCCCUACCCCCAGAUUCAGAAGAACCAAGGGUCUUUAAUGCCUCUUCAGUUAUUGCAGUGUAUUGUUGAUGAGAAUCCCCCUGUACUUCCUGUUGGCCAGUUCAGUGAGACGUUUAUUAAUUUCGUCACACAGUGCAUGAAAAAACUUCCCAAAGAACGACCUGCACCAAACAAUCUCAUGGAUCAUCCAUUCAUCAUGCAGUACAAUGAUGGCUCUGUCGAGGUGGUGUCCAUGUGGGUGUGCAGGAGCCUGGAGGAACGUCGGUCCCAGCAGCAGCAACAAGCUAUAUAGUGUUCCAUCAACCACAAAAGUCACAGCAACAUGCCUCGCCCCUAAAACUUCCAUCCUGUGCCCCAGCUAUGGACAGGCUUUAAUGGAGCUGGCAUGAAAUAUCAAAGCUUACACAUACACACAUGCGCCUGCACAUGCUUGCCAAAUACAGAUUGUCUCAUUCCUGCAGCAAUGGCUAAAUUUCCUGUGCUGAAGGUUUGUCUGUGUUUUUUUGGCAAUGCCCUGGGAUGUGUGGAAGUGUUGCUCCAUGGUUCAUCAUCGUCAUCAUCAUCUCAAAGAACACUCACUUUAGAGGAAGUGGAUGUGGGUCUGGCCCAGGACCCCAGGGCUCAAUGGCUUUUUAUUAGUGCAGAGGGAGGUCACGCCUUGGAAUGAGAUGGUCUCAUUUUCCUUGACCUCCGAAACACAGGUGUAGCUCUGGUAAAGCCUGCAGACCAGUGAUGCAUUCAGGCCAGCCUCUAGAUGCUGCCAGUAUCCCAGUUAGCCUGUGAGAGGACAGGUUGAUCUAUUACAGCAGCUCUUCUUCGGGUUUUGUUGCCCUGGUGACAGGUGAGAAUCGGCUUAUCACCCUGCUCCACUGUGACGACUCCUCUGGAGAGAUUUAAAGCAUCAGGAGACACUGUGUUGCUUUCCUCCUCACUAGCUGGCGCUAGUAGCAGGGACGUGCAGGCCAAUUCUUUGUGGUUCCCUUGCCUUACUGCAGGUGGAGCACUUAAAAUGUAAUUGUUUGUGUGUUUUACUUUCUUUUACGUGUGGCUGUUGGCAUUUUCACAAAAAACUGAUAUUGUUUACCAUAUAACACAAUCAACAUGGUUCUGUUGCAGUUUGGUUAUGUCACCAAACUUAUAGUGAGAAGCACUUGUGGGAGUGAAACGAAAGACUGUGAAUGUAAAUGAGCAAGUUUUGCUGUGUAGUGAUUUCUAGAGAUGAGAUUUAAAGCCUGCAUGGAAGCCACCCUUGUAAUGGCAGAAAAAGGCUUCGUACAGCUGCCACAGGCAAUCAAGCUGAGUCAACCAAAUUGGAAGUGCAGUGACAUGAAGAGAGAAGCAUUUUCACUGGUUUGGAACAUUGGUGGGACAUUGAAGCCUCCUGUCCCAGUCCUGGUUUUAAUUAUUCAAACAUAUAGAUGUUUUUUUAAUUUUUUAAUCAUUAUUUCUGUUGAUUUGUUUUGCUUUUGUUUUACUUAAAGCAGAGUUGUGCAGGAUGUUUGUAUCAUGUUACUAUUAUUUUAUGUAUUGAAUAGUAUUUCCCUGAAAAAAAUUUACCAUUAAUUUUAUACUGAAUUUUAAUUUCACAGCUGUUAUGGCCCAACGUCUCAUUUAUACUUCUCAGUUUAUGCUUAAACUUAUACCCUGAAUUUACUCUUAUUGAAACCUACACACCUACCUAAGGCUAGAUAAAAAAAGAUACAAUACACUUUAUUGAACUCUGUGGCGUAAUGUGUCCUCUGCAUUUGACCCACCACUUGGGAGCAGGGACCAACUCCAGGUUUGAGACCAGUGCCUUAGUCAAUGGCAACAAUGGGAGUAUACCAGACCUGACAUGCACGUCUUGGUGUGGGACGAAAACCCACGUUAAACAUGGGAAGAACAUGCAAACUGGAUAUGGCCGGCCAGUACUCAAACCCGGAACCUCAAGUGGUUUGUAGUGCUAACCACUAAACCCAUCGUACUCCCCUCAUCUAAUUCAUUGGCUAAUAUUCAUACUGAAUGGUGGAAUUUCAAGAUCUUUAUUUGGUGACUGUGACAGCUACAUUUUGAAGAAUUUGCAUAUUUUAGCACAACUGGACAUAAGUGGCUGUUAAAGAAAAAAGUACCUGUUUGUUACAUUGCUGUGAUUAAUGUUCUCUUGUACUGCAUGACUGGGGUCAGGAUUGAAUGUAAAAUUAAACUUUUGAAGUGGGUUAUUUCUUUCUAGCUGUCUUGGAACUCCAGUGGAGUUUAAUGUUAUUAGAGCCCCUCUGAUGAAAGCUACAUAUUAACCUUUCUUAGUGAGAUGUGAUUGUACUCAUUGGGUACUGCUGAUCCCAGUCUGUUACAAGUUAAAAAUGCUCCUGAAAUUAGACUUUUAUACAUGAGAAUAUUGUAAAGUCUUCAAAGAGAGCUCUGUGCUACAGUACAGAAAUGAAAAAGUGACACGCAUCAGAGCUAAACAUCUUUCCCAAAACCUGUGUCAAAUAAUGCUCUCAGAUGGGGGGAGGGGGCAUAUUCAGUCCAGCUCCUUGGCAAUUUUCCCUCUCAAAUUGAAAAAUGCAUUUAUUCUCCCAAGUUAAGGCAUUUCAAGUUCAUUUAAAAAUUCACAAUCAUUUUAAAAUAUAUCAAAUUCUUGUUUCCAUUUCCUUUUGCUUUGUGGUUAGAUCAAGUCCCCCUUUGCAUUGUGCAGAAACUUAAAAAUAAAUGGCAGGUUUUCAAAUGGAUGACUAUACCUGCAUAGAUAUUGGGAUGGGAUCUAUAUGGUGGCCUUAACUGGAAGGGAGCAGAGUAUGGCAGGUCAUCACAGUGGAGUAUUUGGGAAGCUGGCAUGUGUCAUAUUCGUAUGAAUACUGGCUAGUGCCAUAUUGAGAUGUGCUGGGGCAGUGUGUACGUUCAGCGUUGGCUUAACCGUCCUUCUCGCUAUAGUGCUGUGGACUCCCAAUCUAAUUAGCACAAUUGUAAAUGGUAAAUGGACUGCAUUUAUAUAGCGCUUUUAUCCAAAGCGCUUUACAAUUGAUGCCUCUCAUUCGCCUGAGCAGUUAGGAGUUAGGGGUUAGGUGUCUUGCUCAAGGACACUUCGACACGCCCAGGGCGGGGUUUGAACCGGCAACCCUCCGACUGCCAGACAAUCGGUCUUACCUCCUGAGCUAUGUCGCCCCUGUUUCACUACAUUCUUCUUUAUCUCCCAGCAUUGUGUGGCACAGGGCAUUGAAAUGUUUGCCUUCGAUCAAUUUGUGUCCUUCGCAAAUCCUGGUUAAAUGUGCCAAUGGUAAUUGUUGUUUAAGUAUUUGGUAUAUAACUUGAGCUGUAAUUAAGAAUAGGGUAGGGCAUGGGGGAGGGUAGCUGGGCCUGAAUGGGGUAUGUGCAAUAUACCCAUUGUAAAUUUCAAUUUACAGUUUGGGUAGCACCUUCAAUGCGCAAGUAGUUUUAAGUCAUGUCUGAUAAGAAAAUUGUUUUGUGUUUUUAAUAGAUGCAUGAAUUAUGUAUGACCUUAAAACAAACAAGGUUAAAAUGAGCUUUUCUCGGUUGGAGAAAUUUUCUGCUUAGUUGUUUUAUAUUUGAAAUGAAUCCGUUUGGCAAGGCAUUUUGCUCAAAUUCAAAAUAGUAUGCAAAGUAUUCCAUCCUGCCUCUAUUUAGCUCCAGCACAAACCUUUUAUGGCCUUUCCCAGCUAAGGUUGAACAGGAGUAACUACACGUGUGUUAGUGUUCUCCUUAGGACAGUAGUUCCUUUGGAAAAUAGAUAUAAACAAAAUUGCUAUUUUGAGUCGUCUUCGUACAGUCAUUUUCUUUGCUAUAAUUUGAUGUAAAUAAAGAUAUUUAAUAAUAUAUAAAGAAAAUAAAUAUGAAAGAUUUUUUUAAAUUCCACAAUAAGGCCAACAACAUUAAUUACACAGUAAUGUUACGGUUUUAAUCUGGAGGUGGUGUUUUAAUCAGACACAAGGUACAGUACAUUUACUGUAGGCAUUAUGUGUGUUGAAUUGAAAUUGAACCUCUUGAUCAUCAUUCAACUGCCACUACUAUCGCACACCUAGCAACCUAUCAGGUACCAGCCUUCUGCACCAUCAGCCAUUUACACAACUACCCAGCAUCCUAUCAGCCAGUCACAUUACCACACACCCAAAGACCUAAGGUACCUGCAUGCUUACAUACCACAGAGUAACUCUGUUAUUGUGCAAAUAGUAUAUUUUGACUGUUUCGUAUUUUGUGCAUACAGUCCUUGCUGAUUUUGUUGAAUAAAGUUUUCUAAUGACA